CUUAAUAAAGAAACCGGCAUGAACUCACCUCUGACUGCGGCUCCUGCAGAGCACCGUGGAGUCGAAAGGAAGAGAGAACAGGUUCAUCUGACCGCCCUCUCCAUCCUGCAGGAACAGGACGCGUUUUUAAUGUGUAAACUGUCAGCAUCAAAUGAGAGUGUCAGCCACGGGGACACCGGAUCUACAGUAGCGGAUUGUUAACAGUCGCGGAUUCUUUACCGCUCCAUCCAAGAUUUAUGUUUUUAAGGUCAAGAGGAUUUUUUGACACGUUUCUUUCCAUGCGAAUGUCAUCGCAGCCUGUUGUACUGUGACACUGCGUUGUUUUUAUUUCACUUUAGGAAAUAAACCAAAAAUUGGAGGCACUAAAUUCCUUUUUUAUUGGUGCGUAAAAACCGCGCCGCCCGUCAAUGAAUGGCGCGUUGUGCCAGAGGGGUAAGUUUCAUAGGCACUGAUGAGCUGCUGUCGGACGGAAGCUUCGAUAUCUGAGGAACCUGUUGGAUUAUAAAAUACACGCGCGCGCGUGCGCUCGUGCAGGCCCGCACGCAUUACUUUCAAGGACGGCGAGUUUGGAGAGUGUUGUUAGUGUCUCAGGUGCGUCUUCACUGGAUUUUUGCGCCUUGGUGACCCCGCAAUUACAAACCUCCGUGUGCUGAGUACAUAGUGAAGACAAUGUUUUUAUGCAACACGAGUGCCAUAAAGGACUGGAGCUACUUUCUCUCACAGAUAUUGCCUCUGAUGAAUAAAACUACAGGCUUGGUCAGCAUCGACAAAGCAGAGGCUGUAACGACCACCAUGGUGACAUCUCUGCAGCCGGACGGCGCGAUGAGCGCGAGUAACCCGCCUCUCAACUCCAACCAUACCUCGGGCAUGGAGCACGUCUUUCAGUACUCUUAUUCGGAGAGUGACCUGCUGUACACCAACUACCGGACACCGGCACGAGACUCCAUGCCGCUGCCCAAAGCGGUGCUGUACCUGGUUAUGGCCGCGCUGGUGGUGGUGGCGGUGGCGUAUGCGAUAGUUGGACACCUGGUCAAAGAUGUGGUUAAUGACUUUGUCGGUGGAGGCAGGUCAAUCGUUGCUGAAGGGGAUGGAGGUGAAACCAGUGAACCAGAUUGGAUGUUUGGCUCUCGUAGAGUUACCAACCGCAACAAGAAUGAGAUCAGCUGCAUCACUAAUAACAUGCAUGAACUGAGUGAGUUGGGCGAGAGGCCUAGGCUGGUGGGAAUGAGCUACAUUUCUCUGAAUCACACCAACUGUCUGAGCUCCAACAGAUCCGAGGAGAUAGUGAUCACUAUAGAUGAGACGUUACCGCAGCAACCUCCAGACACUCCCUCUGGGACUUAACUGUGACCUUCUGACCUUCCCUGAGAGAAACAAAGCAGCGUACUAGCGUGCUCUUCUUGUUAAAGUGGAUUUACAAGUCUGUCAUGAAUUGAAGCUUUAUCCACUGUUUCAUCACCUGCAGGUGGGCUGUAUUGGCUGUGUAAUGUUGGGCCAUAGGGGACUUCUGAUGUGGCAUCACUUGUUAAUGGACUCCUUUUUUGCUGAAAGGACUGGAGAGGAUGGCUGCAGCUUUUUUUGGGCAGACAUUUAGAGAAAAAAAUUUUUUUUUUCUUGUUUAUGUCCUUAUCGUGCUGACCCUUUUUUCAAGUGACCCCGUAAGCUUUGACAUGACAAUACCACUCUGUUAAUGUGACUUGCAGUUCACUGUAACCACUAGCAGUAUUUAAUCACCUUAAAUAUACAACACGCAUCGAUCAGUACUUAUUGUAAUGUUGCUGGUAGCAAGGUUAAACACUCCACCUUCAUAAAAAAAGAAACAAUCACAAGUUUUGAAUCUUUCUUGAUGCUGUGAGGCAAGAUUAAUUAUGUUUUUGUAAUUGUGGUAAAAUUUGCAUUAAGCACCUCAAAUGACACCUUCGCCCUUUCCUGUAUAAUAAUGCUGUAAUUACUAAUGGGCAAAAAAAUUCUCUUUCUGAUGAUAAAUAAAUGUAUUUUCUAAUUUCA